AUGGUCGGGGGGAAGAGCUGGCGAAAUCGCCUGUUCGCGCCUGUGGUAACGAUUCAGGUCUUGGCCGCGACGAGGUCGAUAGCGUCCGUGUCCGAGACUCUGAAGUUGCAGCGACGAUUAUGUCUCGCGUCGCCACCGAAUCAGGUGACGUUCAGUCAGAUUCCGGCGUCUGCAAGUGCGGCUUAUGUCAUCGAUCAGGACUGUACGAUCUGGAUGAUCUAUGCAACUAGACAGAGCGACGGGAGUCAGAUGAUGAACGCGUCAGGGCAGAACAUCGCCGUUGUCAAGAGUUUGCCCGACGUCGAUUCGCUGGAUCUAUCGGGUAACAGCAUUGUUGCUGUUGAAGAAUCAGACAAUAGCAGCAUCUCUAAGCUGGAUUUAUCCCGCAACGGUAUUCGAAGCCUCGCGAAUAUCUCAAUACCCAGCAGCGUCGUCGCACUGAACUUGGGUAACAACGAGAUCUCUAGCUUGCCUGCAGGCGCCCUCCCCGGCACUGUGAUGUCAAUUUCGAUUCGAAACAAUAGCAUCACGUCUUUGCAAAGUUUUGUGGUAGGAAAGAGGACAAAGGACAUUGACUUGAGCGACAACGUGAUGUCAUUUCUUGCCAGCUGGCAAAUGCCCAGCAACCUUCAGUCUUUCAGAUGUCAAAAUUGCGGGAUCAAGUCCAUCGCAGGUGUGGUUUUUCCAGCAUCCAUGUCGCUUUCGACGUUCGAUUUAACGGGCAGCAACAUUGAGUCCUUUGAGGUCGCGAAUUCAAGUAUACAUGUGCUCGAGGCUGUGGCGAAUCUCGUAGUUACAACAAUUGAAUCCAAGUGCGGUGACAGCCGUGCUCUGGUGCAAGUUACUCGCUCGAUGAAGCUCUGUGUGCUGCCAGACAAUCACUUUAACGUCAAACAUAUGCUAGAAGAAGCUGAUUCUUCCGAUGAAUUUACUUCUGUGAGUGAGGGAAAAGCUGCUGCCGGCGUCAGUGGCCUUAGCAAUUGGAUGAUGCUGGCCAUGAUUUGCCUCGGCGCGAUGAUGGCCUGUAUCAUCGGCGGCGUUGUCUUCGUCAUCUUUCGUCGUCAGCAAAAAUCUCGGGAUGAAGAAUUAAAGGAAGCUGAAAAUUUGGAGCUUGACCUGGAUGCGUCGUCAUCGUCCAAGGCGACCAAGUACAUGCCAACUUACUUGACAACUAUGUCACGAACAGGUCGAACGGAUUCGGCACCCGAGAGAAUGCUGACGAACUCUACAUUCAACAUGGGGGUAAAUGAUAUCCGCAUGGAUGACGAUAUCCUGCAGUGCAGGUUGCUGCAGGAAGAAGUCGUGCGCGAGGAGCUGAUUGCUAAAGGCGGCUACGGCGCUGUGUAUUUGGCCACGUUCCAGAACGAGAAGGUGGUGACGAAGCAAUUGCUGCCUGAACGAGCUCGCGAUAAGGGCUGGUCGAGUAAUUUCAUGGAUGAGAUUCGCUUGUGUUCGACGCUCGAUCACCCCAAGAUCGUGCGCUUUAUUGGCGUUACAUGGAGCUCUUUGCUUGAUGUAAGUAUGGUAAUGGAGUACAUGCCUCGUGGCGACCUAAGCACCAUGUUGCGAAUGCAAUUGGAACGCGAGACUCACGACAAGCGCGCUCGGGAUGACUAUGCUUGGUUCCACUCUGUCGGUGAAGGCGGGAAGUUGAGGCACAAGUCGCUGAUUGCGCUUGACAUUGCAGAGGCCCUCGUCUACCUGCACUCGUUCGAGAGUCCUAUCAUCCAUCGUGACUUGAAGCCGAAAAAUGUGCUACUUGGCGACUCGUGGGAAGCAAAAUUGACCGACUUUGGCACGAGUCGUGCAGUAGACGAAGACCAGACGAUGACUGCAGAGAUCGGCACGGUCUCUUGGAUUGCUCCGGAAGUGCUGCGCGGCGAGCAGUAUUCUGAAAAAGCCGACGUGUACUCUGUCGGCAUCAUUUUGACAGAGCUGGAUACAUGUCGUCGGCCUUAUUCGCACGGCGUCCCGGGCGCGAGCCACCGCGGGGCUGACGGCAAUUACAAGACAUCGAACACUCAAAUUGCUGUGUUGGUCAGUGCCGGUUCUCUGAGACCCGAGGUGCAUCCGGACUGUCCCCGCAGUGUGCGCCGCUUGGUGGACAAGUGCCUGGCGUAUGACCCAGAAGACCGUCCAUCGGCAUUGCAGAUUCACUUUGAGCUGCGCAACUUGGAACUUGAAGAGGAGAAGCUGCUGGCGUCGGCGAGACGCAUGGCGGACAUACAGUGCUAA